GAAUGUCCCGGCAUGCACCGCAGUGUUACAGCCUCUGGGCAGGCGCAGAAAGGAUUUGGUGACGUCACGUCGAUCCGCAUGUGGCUGAUGCAAGAGUAGUUUGAGUGAACGUCGUGUCGCAUUCACGCUCGUCUGUGUCGCUUAAAAAGUGUUUUCUGAGCAACCCAUCAGAUUUACAAGUCGAAGGAGAUCACAGGGAAGAGCAGGGAUUAGCAAAAUGGCAGAGGAAGAAGCGAUAUUUGACCUGUCCCUGAAGAAGAAGAAGAAAAAGAAGAAGGUUCCAUUCGACCCAGAUGCGGCGCUGGGAGAAGGUGGUACCAAUGAGCAGGAGGAGAAUGAGAAGACGGAGGAACCAGUCAAGGACAAGGAGGAAGAUGCUGAUGAUGAGAAAUCUGAGAUUAUCGAUGGCAGGAAAAGUCGCCACGUCACCUUCGCCUUGCCUGAAGAUGAGGACGACUUUGCUUCUCUGGAUUUAAGCCUAAAGAAGAAAAAGAAAAAGAAGAAGAAGACAUUUGACCUAGCAGAUCUCGACGAAGCUAUGCCAGAGAAGGACAACAAACUGGAUUCCGAGGAGAAGGGCGUGUCGUUUGAAGACACGGGUGCAGGAGAUGUGGACGCCCCGGGACUGGACGAUGAUCUUGACUUGGACUUGACCAAGAAAAAGAAGAAGAAGAAAAAGGCAAUCAAGAUGAUGGUUGAUGAGGAUGCAGACGACGACAAGGAAGAUGAAGAUGAUGAAGCGCCAAAGAUCGGCUCCAUGGGGGGUCCAUCUUGGCUCGGCUCCGAGAGAGACUACACCUACGAUGAGCUCCUGACACGAGUGUUCGACAUCAUGCGGGAAAAGAACCCCGACAUGGUGGCCGGCGAGAAGAGGCGGUUUGUCAUGAGGCCGCCACAAGUCGUCAGAGUCGGCACCAAGAAAACCUCGUUUGUCAACUUUGCUGAAAUUUGCAAACUGUUACAUCGACAGCCCAAACAUCUCCUGGCCUUCCUAUUGGCUGAGCUGGGAACAAGUGGUUCUGUGGACGGCAACAACCAGCUGAUCAUCAAGGGUCGGUUCCAGCAGAAGCAGAUUGAAAACGUACUUAGGAGAUACAUCAAGGAAUAUGUGACGUGCCACACCUGUAGAUCUCCGGAGACGAUCCUCCAGAAGGACACGCGGCUUUAUUUCCUGCAGUGCGAGACGUGCCACUCGCGCUGCUCCGUAGCUAGCAUCAAGUCCGGCUUCCAGGCCGUCACCGGCAAGAGGGCUGCCCUCAGGGCAAAGGCCACGUGAGGGCAAGGGUCAUAGGGUAGCACGUCUUCCAGGAGAGCUGACAUACUGCGAACUGAACCGGCAUUUGUCCACACAUUGGCAUGGUUCUGGAUGUGGUGGCGGCUGGUUACAUCACAGAGAACGACCGGUCACACCUAAACCAUUCUGCUGUCUGAAACUGUCUAAUGAAAGGCUCCUACUGUAAUUGAUAACAAUAGGUUCCAUUCUGCAAUACUUAGGUAGUUUGCAGGGAAAACAAAUUCGUAGCCACCUGAAUUCUGGGUUGAUAUGGCUGAAUUGGUCAUCUGGGAUAACUGCUUUAUGGUGGUUAUGCAAGAAUGGCACUUUGUGAUUAGGGAAUACUGUAUAAUACUGUAAUAUUUCUGGACAAAUUUUGGCAAACCUCAAGUUAUGAACUAGUCCUUUCAAAUAUUUUGAUUACGGGUAAACCGUUCAAAACAGAAUAAAACUCGUGUGAUGCUUUCCAAUAUUGCAGCAGAGGGAAAGGUCUUGUCCUGGUAGCUUUUUGUGAUGAAUGCCACACAUCAUGUUUGCAGGUAUGUCAGCACUUUGUGGAAGGUGUGAUAUUGUUUGGAGAAUGUUAACUGUAGCCAGCACUGACCUGCAACAGGUCCCUUCUCUGCACUGCUCCGGCACAUGUAAAUACACGUGAAGCAUCGAUUACAACAUUGCAGGAACCCAGUUAAAGAUAGCCACGGUUGUAUCUGUUAUGGAGCAAUGUACAGUUGGAACAAAUAGACGAUGGAGACACAAUUUUGUAUGUAGAGGGCGGUGUUGAGAAAACAUCAUGUCAUUUUUUGAUUCAGUACAUUGUAUUUACUAAGGUCGAAAUUCAGCUGGCUAGUAUCUUUGGGGUUCAAAGUGUACUUGCUUCCAGUGUUAGUAACUUGUAUCUUAGAUAUGCCUUGUACUGUUGUAACAGUGCAAAGUACAUAACUUCAGGACUAUUGCAUUGAUGUAUUUAAACUA